AUGAGGGCCUUGGAAAUUUUGUACGGAAAAAUCAAACAUAUAGAAAAAAUGUUGGAUAAUCAAAAUAUAAGUAAUUCGCCAAUACCGGACAGUGUUCCAAAUCAUCAUUUACCAUCCAUAGAAGUUCCAAAAUUUUCCGGCAAUAUACAACAAUGGCUUUUAUUUUAUGAAACCUUUAGAGCAUUAAUUCAUGAAAAUACAAGAUUAGAUAACGUAUCCAAAUUUCAUUUUUUAAAAGGUGCGUUAGAAGGUUCGGUAUUAAAAAUUUUUAAUUUCAUACUACCAACUGCAAAUAAUUAUCCGAUUUUAUGGGAAGCACUAUUAAAAAAAUACCAGAAUAAAAGAUAUUUAGCCACCACUUACUUUAAACAGCUCUUAUCGUUUAAAACUAUUACAUCAUCACAAAUAGACCUAUUUCUGGAACAAUUCGAUACAGCCGUACAAGCCCUUUCACAAUUAAAUCUUCAAGAUGCAUUUGACUUUAUGAUAACGUCUAUGGCAUUCUCAAAACUCGAUCCCAUUUUGCAGGAGAAAUUUGAGCAUUCUUAUCAAGGAGAAUUUCCUAAAUACCAAGAUCUCCUCAAAUUUCUUCAUAAGUCGCAACAAGCGAAAAAUCAAGUUUAUGGUAUGACAAGUAUAACUAACAAUUACACAGAUGAUAAACCUAAUGAUAAAAAUACAACAUCUAGACUGUCAUCAUUCAUGAAAUAUGAUUAUAAAUGUCUUGUUUGCCGGGAAAAACAUAGAACAUUUACAUGUUCAAAAUUUCUUGCAAUGAAUAUUCCUGAUCGGCGAGCAAUUAUUCAGAAAUUACAUCUAUGUGUGAAUUGUUUAAGCCAUAAGACGACAGUUGCGUGUCGAUCGAAUAGAACUUGUCUUAUAUGUGAGGAACCGCAUCAUACAUUACUGCAUAUUGAUAAGAAUCUUGCGAAUACAAAUCAAGGUAAUCCGUCUAAUUUGAAAUCUAAUAAUACAGUUUUAUGCACUACCAGUAACAACAAACUUGCGCAUAAUACAACAAUAUUGCCGACAGCUGUAACAACGGUUUCUACCAAAAAGAAAAAUAAUCCACUACGUACUAUAAUUGAUUCAGCAAGUGAUAAAAAUUUCGUUACAUUAGCUUGGUGUAGAAAGGCCUAUUUGAAAGUUCAACCAGUUUCAGCCAAAGUAAUUGGAUUAGGAAAUUUGUCACAAAACGUAAUAGGAUUGGUUAACUUCACUUUAAAAUCCACAAUCAAUCCCUAUCAAUUGCCAAUAUGUGCAUACGUUGUGCAAGAAAUUGUGAGAAAACAACCACAAACCACGAUUCCAGUAUCAUCAAUCCAAUCAUUCUUGAAGUACCCACUAGCGGAUCUAAAGUUUUAUGUGCCUCAAACGGUCGACGGCAUAUUAGGAUGUGAUGUUUUCAGCGAAGUUAUGGGUACUAAUAAGGUGAAAAAUGGUCAAGGUUCACCUAUAGCACUAGAAACCCGACUGGGUUAUAUAAUAAUGGGUUCGAUAUCAAAUUUACUUCAACCUUCAACUACCAAAGCUAUACAUCUCGAGCUAGCUUCUGAUUUGACAAGUGAUACGUUUCUAGAUUGCUUAAAACGAUUUCUAGCUCGGCGCGGUCCCAUUGAAUGCAUCUAUUCUGAUUGUGGAACAAAUUUUAUAGGUGCAAAAAAUAAUCUUGAUUCCUUAUAUAUUCUGUUAAAUUCCGAUGAGUAUAAAACAAAUUUUAAAGUCUUAAUUUCACAUAACAUCGAAUGGAAAUUUAAUCCACCGCAUGCUUCACAUUUUGGGGGCAUUUGGGAAGCAAAUAUUAAAUCAGUAAAAAACCAUUUGUUAAAGGUUAUGGGCACACAAAUAUUAUGUUACGAAGAGUUUAUUACCGUUCUCAAUCAAAUCGAGGCUUUACUAAACUCAAGACCGUUAUGUUGGCAGAGUAGCGAUCCAUCGGAUCCACAACCCCUUACACCGGCACAUUUUUUGAUGCAAGAACCACUGUCGGAUAUGCCGGUUGAUUAUGAAAACUUAAAUUUGUCGAAAAGAAAGCAAUUAUUAGACCAAAUAGUCGCAUCAUACUGGAAGCGAUGGAGUAGAGAAUAUCUUACUGAAUUACAGGUUCGUCAAAAAUGGAACACUGUAACCAAUCCUAUAAAAAAGGAUGAUCUGGUAAUUGUUAAACAAGAAAAUACACGACCAUUACAUUGGGGAUUAGGAAGGAUCGAAGAAGUUUUUCCAGGCGACGAUGGAAUAGUGAGAGUAGCAUCAGUCAAAAUUGGAGACACACUAGUUAAGCGACCGGUGGUCAAACUUUGUCCUUUACCUUUUCAAUAA